AUGGCUACCAAGGCUCUAGCAACCUGGGCUCUAACCCUCCAGUUCGGUAACCUCACCGAUCCAAUUGUCGACAUGGCCGUCAAGAGUGUCUACAACUGGGCCGGCUGUGCCAUCGGCGGCUACGCUUUACCUCCCGCGGCUGAUGGAAACUCUUCCAUCUUUGGGACUGGCAAGUACGUUGAUGUGAAGACGGCUGCUCUCAUCAACGGUAUUGCCUCUCACGCUGAUGACUACGAUGAUACCCACCGCGACAAUCCUAUUCACCCCUCUGGACCUGUGUUGUCUGCUCUGUUUGCUGUUGCUGAGUGGAUGGCUCCUGUAUCUGGGGAAGACUUCUUGGCGGCCUUUGUUGCUGGUGUUGAAGCUGAGUGCAAGAUUGGUGUUGCUGUUUUUCCUGAGCAUUACAAUGUUGGAUGGCACAUCACUAGUACCGUUGGAUCCGUUGGCUCUGCUGUAGCCGUCGGAAAACUCCUUGGUCUUGACACUAAGAAAAUGCAGAGAGCAAUCAGUAUAGCUUCUGUCCAAGUCAUCGGUAUGCACGAGUCCUUCGGUACAGACACCAAGCCUUUCCACGUUGGAGCUGCAGCACAAGCAGGUCUCCAAUCAGCACUACUCGCUAAGAAUGGCUUUGGUGGUUCCCUUGAAGGGCUAGAAGCCAAGAGGGGCUGGUCUCAUGUUGUCAGCACCCGUGAGAACCUGACCGCAGAGAUCUCCACCCUUGGUGAAGUCUGGGAAAUUUCCAGGAACACAUUCAAGCCAUAUCCCUGUGACAGGAUUAUCCACGCUGCCAUAGAUGGCUGGAUUCAGAUCCAUGACAGGGCAGUGAAAGAAGGUCUCGACGUCACCAAGAUCGCCAACGUCACAGCCCGUACCCAUCCCCGCGUUCUGUUCCUGACCGAUGAUCCCAAGCCCGAGACAGGACUACAGGGCAAGUUCAGCGUCUAUCACGCAGCAGCCGUAGCACUCCUUUUCGGUGAAGCUACCCCGACUCAGUUUACCGAUGAGGCUGUGCAGAACAAAACCGUCAUCGAUCUCCGUCAGAAGGUCAACGUGACGAGUGAUGAUAAGGUCAGUGAACAUGAGGCGUUUGUUGCUGUUGAAUUUGAGAAUGGAAAGAAGUUCGAGGUUCAUGUUGAGCACACGAUUGGCAGCUAUGAGAAUCCUCUUGAUGAGAAGUUCCUUCAUACCAAGUUCUUGGACCAUGUUGGUAACCUGAUCGGAGAGGAUAGGGCGAAGAAGGCUUUGAAGGCUUUUGCUGGUAUCGCCAACGUGACAGAUGUUGGUCAGAUUGCUCGGCAGUUCAAGAAGUAA